AUGAUAUCCUCGCCCCUCAAGGCCACGAACGAGAUCGACUGGGUCACCCCGCUGAAGGAUUACAUCAGGAACACCUAUGGCGAUGAUCCCGAGCGCUACGCCGAGGAGUGCGCCACCCUCAACCGUCUGCGACAGGACGUGAGGGGCGCCGGCAAGGACAGCACGUCAGGCCGCGACAUGCUCUACAGAUAUUACGGCCAGCUCGAGUUGCUGGAUUUGCGCUUCCCUGUCGAUGAACAACACAUCAAGAUCUCAUUCACAUGGUUCGAUGCCUUCACGCACAAGUCGACAGCGCAAUACUCCCUUGCCUUCGAGAAAGCUUCCAUAAUAUUUAAUAUCUCCGCUGUCCUGUCAUGCCACGCCGCACACCAGACGAGAUCCGAAGAGUCGGGCCUGAAGGCCGCAUAUCACUCGUUCCAAGCUUCCGCUGGCAUGUUUACCUACAUCAACGAGAACUUCCUUCACGCACCAUCCUCCGACCUCAGCCGCGAGACCGUCAAGACCCUUAUCGCCAUUAUGCUGGCUCAGGCACAGGAGGUGUUUCUGGAGAAGCAGGUGGCGGACAAGAAGAAGGUGGCUUUGCUGGCUAAGCUUGCCAGCCAGGCGGCAUACCUCUAUGCGCAGGCAGUUGAAGGUGUCCAGGAUAACUUCAACAGGGCCAUAUUUGAGAAGGUCUGGCUUCUCAUGGUCCAGGUCAAAUCCAACCUCAUGAACUCCAUGUCGCAAUACUACCAGGCGCUUGCCGAUGACGAAGCUGGUCAACAUGGCACAGCUGUUGCGAGGCUCCAACUUGCGGAAACGCAGGGAAAGGAGGCAAACCGUAUCGCUACGAACUUUCCCAACUCGGUCCCCCCCAGUUCCAACCUCGGCGCGGAAACGGGUGGCUUGCUAGUCGAAUUCUCAAAAAGACACUUGUCGACUGUGCAAGAGAAGCUCAAGGAAUUGAGCAAGGACAAUGAUUUCAUCUACCACCAGAAUGUGCCAGCAGAGGCCAGUCUGCCGCCCGUUCCCAAGCUCCCAGCAUCGAAACCGAUUCCCGUAAGCGAGCUUUAUGCCGGUCAAGACAUCCAGCGAAUCACCGGGCCCGAUCUUUUCUCCAAGAUCGUGCCCCUCGCUGUCACGGAAUCGGCCAGCCUUUACGAUGAAGAAAAGGCCAAGCUGAUCAGGGCUGAGUCGGAGAGGGUCGAGAUUGCCAACGGCGAGAUGGCCGCCAGCUUGGAUUAUCUGAGAUUACCUGGCGCACUUCAGGUGCUCAAGGGAGGGUUUGAUCAAGAAAUCCUGCCGGACGACGAAUUCAGGACAUGGUGCGAAGACGUUGCUGGACAUGAAGAUCCGACAUCCAUCUUUGAGACUCUCCGGACUGAAAAGGAGUACAUCGUAAACACACUGGAUAAGAACACGAAACAGUUGGACAUGGAGGAGAGCGUGUGUGAGAAGAUGCGAUCGAAAUACGAAAACGAGUGGACACAACAGCCGAGCUCGAGAUUAACCACUACUCUGCGAAGCGAUAUCAGGAACUAUCGAGAAGCGUUGGAAGAAGCAGCACGGAGCGACAACCAAUUGGCAGCUAAGCUGAGACAAAACGAGGCCGACUUCGAGGAAAUGAGAGCGGCUGCAGCACAUGGAAACAUUGACGCCCUAUUCCAGCGUGCAGUAAGCAAGGUACGCGGGAAGAUGAGCAAUGCCGCGAGCCCUGCAGGCAACGAGAACCUCCUGGAUAUGGACUUUGACGAAGGAGGCCCGAGUGUCGUUGAUCAGAUCUACAAAGUGGAAGAGAUCAUGAAGAAGCUGAAUCUGAUCAAGAGGGAGCGCAAUCAGGUGUUGAAGGACCUCAAGGAAAAGGCAAGUCUUACGCUGAGCAUUCUCAUUUUGAACAAAAAGUCGAUUUCGAACUACGAAUCCCAGCUUUUCCAGUCGGAAUUGGAGAAGUUCCGGCCUUACCAGAACCGACUGCUUCAGGCCAACCACAAGCAGUCAGCGCUGAUGAAGGAGCUUACGACUAGUUUCAACGCGCUGUUGCAAGACAAGCGCGUAAGAUCAGAGCAGAGCAAGUACGAAACAGUACAGCGACAAAGGACUGCAGUUAUGAAUAAGUACAAGCGGGCGUAUCAGGAAUUUCUCGACCUGGAAGCUGGUCUGCAAGGCGCCAAGACGUGGUACUCCGAGAUGAGGGAGACUGUGCAGAGUCUCGAGAAAAAUGUAGAGACGUUUGUCAACAACAGGCGUUCUGAGGGCGCUCAAUUGCUCAACAGCAUCGAGCAAGAGCGGUCCACGCGCAAGGACUCUCAUGCAGAACUGGAACGUGAACGUCUCCGGGGAUUGAUGGAACGUAUGUCUAUGGAACCGUCAGCAACCUCCCCCAACCCUACUUCGAAUCGUCCCACGCCGUCGCCCCUGAAUUUCACCAACUCCUCGACGCCGCGGUAUCCUCAAACCAACUUUCAGGGGCAGUACCAAGUACCACAAUCCCCUCCGGCCAACCAGCCGCAGCCGUACCCCGGUUUUGCCGCUCCUUCGACCACACAGUCGUACACGCCUCAACCAGCCAAUACCUACGGACAGCCAGCGUAUAACCCAAGCCAGUAUGGACGCACGCCAGGUCCGACAUCGCCGCCGCCUCAUCAAUCCACCUUUGGACCGACUGUCCUCCGCGGCCCUGUCUCUCCGCCUCCCACGCAAACGUCGUUCAAUCAGGGUCAACCUUACGGCGGAUUCCCAGGUCAGCAGCAGCAAAUGCCUGCUGGUUUCGUACCACCGCCUCCCCCUCCCGGACCGCCGCCAUUGGGUCCUCAGCAAACAUUCUACGGCCAGCAGGACUACCAGCAACAAAACCAGCACAGCGCGUACCCGCCAAGCGCGCACCCACGUUCAGCUCAGCCGCAGCAAAACAACGAUCCGUGGGCUGGGUUGAAUAAUUGGAAAUGA